AUGGAGAAUCACAGCCACACAUCAACUGAUUUCAUCUUAUUGGGGUUGUUCCCACAGUCUCCAGCUGGCUUGUUCUUCUUCAUUCUCAUUGUUCUCAUUUUCCUAACGGCUCUGUUGGGCAACCUUUCCAUGAUCCUUCUGACCCUCCUGGACACCCAUCUCCACACACCCAUGUACUUCCUGCUUAGCCAGCUCUCCUUCGUUGACCUGAGCUACAUCUCCACCAUUGUUCCCAAAAUGGCUUCUACUUAUCUCUCUGGAAACCAGUCUAUCUCCUCAAUAGGGUGUGGGGCUCAGAGCUUCUUCUUCUUGACUUUAGCAGCUGCAGAAGGAUUACUACUGGCAUCUAUGGCCUGUGAUCGUUAUGUAGCCAUUUGCUUUCCUCUCCACUAUCCCAUCCUUAUGAGCAAAAGAGUGUGUGUGCUGAUGAUAACAGGAUCUUGGAUAAUGAGCUCCAUCAAUGCCUGUGUCCACACCAUAUAUGUCCUCCAUAUCCCUUAUUGUCAAUCCAGGGCCAUCAACCAUUUCUUCUGUGAUGUCCCAGCCAUGCUGACUCUGGCCUGCAUGGACACCUGGGUCUAUGAGUACACAGUGUUUCUGAGCACCACUCUCUGGAUUGUGUUCCCUUUCAUUGGCAUUGCUCAGUUCUUAACCUGGCAGAAACUGGUCUUUGAUGCUGACUACGAAGAAGAAGUUGCUGUAGGAAAGCCAAAUAGUCCUGACAUCUCUACUGACCAGGUUUCACUUACAGUUCAUUUCAGAUGUGACAAUUAG